AUGAAUGAGAUAGAGAUUGAUGUUAGUGAUAAUGAUGAUGAUGUUAAUUCUUUAUUAUUUUUUAAAAUAUGGAGAAACUGUGUUUUAAAGAAUUUAAUUUUUAAAUAUUUAAUAAUGUUUAAUUUAUUUUCAUUUUCAGUUGAUGUCAACUUUUCACAACAACAAUUCUUAAAAGAUAAUAAACAAUUUAUAAAAUCAUUAUUUAUAAAAUUUGUUGAUAUUAAAAAAGAAGAAAUUAGUGAAAAAUUAAAUAAUUUACCAAACUAUAUAGAAUCAAUAAGUUUAUAUCAACCAAAUAAUAUUAGAAAUAGUUUCAAUUUAUGUGAAAAUUUACCACCUGUAACACAUUUAAUUUUUAAUGUAUAUAAUCAACCAGAUAUACCACUUGUAUCGUCAACAAAUAACAGUUUAUCAAUAUUUUCAAAUUUAACAAUAUUAGAAUUUAGUUCAAUUUUUAAUCAAGAAAUUGGUGUUAACAUUUUACCAAUAUCAUUAAGAAAAUUAAAAUUUGGAACUUAUUUUAAUAAAGAAUUAAAUGAGAAUGUUUUACCAAAAUUUUUAAAAGUAAUUAUUUUUGGACAUUCAUUCAAUCAAUCAAUAAAAAAUUUACCUAAUUCAAUUGAACAGAUUAAGUUUUCUUCAAAUUCAAGUUUUAAACAUGAAAUUGGUUCAAAUGAAUUACCACAAUCAUUAAAGAAAUUAACAUUACCAAGAGACUAUAAUAUGUGUUUAAUCAAGAGUGGUACAACUCUACCUAAUAAACUUGAAAAACUUAAAAUUACAAAUUUAAGAACUCAACCAUUUGCUUAUUUUAAUGAUUGGAGAAUGAAACAUUUACAAUUAAAAGUUUAUAAUAAAAAUGGUAAUUUAUCAACAAAUCAAGAAAUAUCAAACUUAUUAAAACUAAAUGACUCAAACAUAGAUAUAAUAUCCAUGAUACCACCAUCAGUUACAAAUUUAACAAUUUUUUAUAACUCAUUUCAUGGUCAAUUUCAAGCACCACCACAACCACAAUUGUUAUCAUCACAAUUCAGUUCACUAAAUUUAAAUGCAACAACACCAAUUUUCUUAUUUUAUUGGAUAUUUGAAAAAUCAUCAAAAUUAUUUUUAAAUAAAUUUCAAAGUAUUAAAUCAAUUAAAGUGAAUAUCAUUGAAAGUGAUUAUAAAUUAGAUUACCAUUCACAAACUUGUUUAAAAAAUUUAAUAAAAUUAGAUUUAAGUGAAUUUUAUUAUAAAUCCUAUACUAAACCAGUUAAAGAUUUUAAAGUUUUUACAAAUUUAAAAUGUUUAAGAAUUGGUAACUAUAAUUCAACAAUCACUUCAAAUACAUUACCACAACAAUUGGAACUUUUAGAAUUAGGUUUAGAAUUUAAACAACCAGUUCAUAAAAAAUGGUUACCAAUUUCAAUUAAACAUAUUAUAAUUUUAAAUGAUGAAACACCAAUUUCAAUAAAUUCUUUACCACCAAAUUCAUUAGAAUCAAUUUGGAUUUCAAAUAAACAUUAUCAAUUAAAUAACAAUUGUUUUAAAUUCUUACUUCCAUUAAUUGGUAAAUUAAAUAUAGUUGAAUCAGAAUUAAUAAAUAAAAUAUUUAAUAAAAUAUUUAAAAAGAAAUAUGAAUUUAAUUUAUAUUGA